UCAUAAUGAAUUCUCCCUAAUUGGUCAAACAUCCAGCAUAAUCAUCGUCAAAUAUUAAGGAUUGGUUUCUCUUUUUUUCUUGUUCUUCAAUCAUUACAAUAAUAAUCUCUCAAAUGGAUGUUUCAAAAGUUGAAAAAUCCUUUAAAAAAAGACAAACAGAACAUGGAUCUGGUAAUAUAAAUAGCUAACGAUUGAUCAACUCUUUUUUUUUGUACUAUUUCCAAUGUGAAUAACGAUGAAUGUGGAUGAUCUCUGAUUUUUGUUUAUCAUUCGACGAAUAAUCGAUUCAUAAUAAUCCUCACUAUUCCUGAUCUCUACAUUGAUUUUUGUUUUUCUAUUAUUCUUCGGGUUCAUCGAUUUGAUAUUUGUUACGUUUUGGCAAUCUUUUUCGUCGAUCUUGUCAUUUUUCAUCUAAUUUUAUAUCAAAUCAAUCAUACAAAAAUGAUUCAAUCUUCUUUUACGAUCAUAUUGAUCAGUUUAUUUGCCAUUGCUCCAACUGUUUUGUGCCAAAGACCACCGCAAUUUUCAUUCAAUCCAUCAUCAUCAAAUCAGCCAUCAUCGUUGCCAUAUCAGCCAACGGCAGCUGCACCAGUACCACAACAACAACAACCACCACGAGCCAUAUUGAAUCAGAAUAGUUUUCAACCAUCUAAUCCGAAUAUUCAUCUUGGUGGUGGAUCAUCUUUUCAAUGUCUCGACGAUUUUGGAUUUUAUCCACAUUUGAAAAGUUGUGACAAAUAUUGGGCAUGUGAUAACGGCACGGCUACAUUGAAAACCUGUGGUAAUGGUUUAGUAUUUGAUGAUUCUGAUACGAGACGUGAAAAUUGUGCCUAUCCAUUUUCUGUCGAUUGUGGUGAACGAUCUGAUCUAGAACCACCAAUCAGUACGCCACACUGUCCAAGAUUAUAUGGCAUUUUCCCUGAUCCAUCAAAUUGUCGAAUUUUCUAUUCGUGUUGGAAUGGAGAAGCUUCCCGUUAUGAAUGUCCACCAGGCCUAGCCUAUGAUGAUGAUCAACGUGUAUGUGUUUGGGCUGAUCACGUCGAUCGCUGUGAUCAAUCAGAAGUAAGCGAUGGCUUUGUCUGUCCAGAUCCAACUGAGACCGAUCAACCAGGUCAUUAUACUCGACAUGCUCAUCCAACUGAUUGUCGUAAAUUUUAUGUUUGCAUUGAAGGUGUUGCUCGUCCUUAUGGUUGCAGUCUUGGAACUGUAUUCAACGUCGAUACACUUCAAUGUGAUGAUCCAGAGAAUGUACCUGGAUGUGAAAAAUACUAUGGAGAUUUGGACUCGAAACAAGUGAAAAAGUUGCAACGAAGUUAAUUUUAAAAAAUUUUUCAUUGAUUCCAAAGUAUCGAACCAAUUAACAGGAUAAUUAUGAUGCCCCAUUACUGCUGCUGAUCAUUUUUUCAUUUUUUUUCAUCACAUCUGACUAUCAAUCGACAACAUAUUCUACACACACACACACACACAUACACAGACAAUCAUCACAGAGCACAGAAUAUUUUCAGAGGAAAUAUUUCGACAGAUAAAACAAACAAGUCACUGUUUAAUUUUUGGAAUUUGAAAAAAAAUUUUCACAUUUGACUUGAUCAUGUAGACCAGAAUUGUCUUUAUUGGAAUGAAUCGGUCAAUGUUUGUCCCAUCAUUAUCAUCAUUCAUUCGUUACUUUUUUUUAUCAAUUUCAUCAUCAAUUUUUUUUUCUCC